CUACUCUGAACGUCGAGACAGAAAAAGACUGGAGUUAUAGCUGCUAAAAGUGGCGGCAUGCGAGUCAGCGGCGUAUUACACGCUUGAACGCUGGGUUUGCGUUGGGAGGGGGUAACUAAACAGCACUGACAUUUGCUGGCACUGAAGUGAGCCUCCUCCUCUAGCACCUUCCUAUAUCGCUGCUGCCCCCAAUUUGGGAAGCACAGCAGCGGGGAGUCGAACUAACAGUCUCUUGCGCCCUAGGCAAGUUGCUUCCCGGCUGCGCCACCGCAGCAGAUUUGUUCCCUAGUAAAUCGUUUAUGUUUGCAGUGCUAGUCUGUAUAACCUUCUGCUGCUAUCUUUUUAAAACAAAAGCAAACUGUACGGAAGGCGAAACGGCAUAUUAUCUUUCUCUAGAAAGCAUUUCUUGCUAGCUUUGGUGGUGCGGUUUUUUGGGGGGCGUGGGUGGCGGGGAGGAAACGGCCCAAUCAAACGGCUUUACAAUUUUGAAUGUGUCUAUGUUUUUUAUGGGCAGCGGUCACGUCCGUCUCCGUCCUGGAGCAGACCGAGCUUGUGCCAAAAUGAGCUAAGAUGUCUCCUCUUCUGACAAUGGGUGUAUCACUCUAGUCUAUUUUUUUUAAAAUCAAAUUCUAUACGGCGCGUAAUGAAUACGUCACAUCAUGGCGGCCACUUGGCUUACAUCCUCUCUUCCUCUCAUUGUUGCCUUGGCAGAAUAAGUGUGCAGUCCCUUAUAUUAUAAGAGAGCGAGCCAGAGAGAGAACCAAGAAGGCACUGGAUCAUGAAAUGGACAUGAGAGGCAUAAGGUGUCCAGUACACAGCCAUAGUCCCUUUCCCUCACCUGUGGUCUAGAUGUGUGGACAAAUUCAGUAUGCACCUUACUUAAAUUCACAAAUAAAAGAUGGGAGUUCAAGGACUUUGGAAGCUGCUGGAGUGCUCUGGAAGACCUAUAAAUCCAGAAACGCUGGAAGGAAAAAUUCUUGCUGUUGAUAUCAGUAUUUGGUUGAACCAAGCUGUUAAAGGAGCAAGGGACCGUCAUGGUAAUUCCAUCCACAAUGCUCAUCUUCUCACUUUGUUUCAUCGACUUUGCAAGCUGCUAUUUUUUCGGAUUCGUCCUGUCUUUGUUUUUGAUGGAGAAGCACCACUUUUGAAGAGGCAAACUUUGGCAAAACGAAGACAACGAAAAGAUGUUGCAACCACUGACUCCAAGAAAACUACAGAAAAACUUUUGAAAACUUUCCUGAAAAGACAAGCUAUUAAAACAGCUCUAGCAGGCAAGAGCAAUGCUGAAUUUCCUAGUCUUUCGGAAGUAAGAAGAGAAGAAGUAGAUGAUAUCUAUGUAUUACCUUCCUUAGAAGAUAAAGAAAAAAACAGCUCGGAAGAGGAAGAUGAAAAAGAAUGGGAGGAGAGAAUGACCCAGAAACAGAUACUGCAGGAAGAAUUCUUUGAAAAUCCUCAUUCUAUUGAUGUUGAAUCAGAAGAUUUCCUGAACCUGCCCCCAGAAGUAAAGCAUGAGAUCCUCACUGAUAUGAAAGAAUUCACAAAACGAAGAAGAACACUAUUUGAGACAAUGCCUGAGGAAUCUGGUGACUUCUCCCAGUACCAGCUAAAGGGAUUGCUUAAAAAAAGCAGCUUAAAUCGACACAUAGAAAACGUGCAGAAAGAGAUGAAUCAGCAGCACUCAGGCCAAAUUCAGAGCGAUUUUGAAAAUGAUGGGGGCUUUUUCAAAGAAGUGGAAACUAGAAGGGUUGUGUCUGAAGACACCUCCCACUACAUCUUGAUAAAAGGUAUCCAAUCCAAAAGAAGUGCUUCCAAAGAUCUGGAAACAACUUCUGCUGGCCAUUCCUCCACAGUACUUGAAGAUUCAAAGCCUAGCAUUAAUCUUAGCAAGACUCGGGUUGAUGCAAAGCCAUGUGAGUUCCCAAAGGCUGACUCAAACAACAUUGCUUACCCAGCACCUCCUUCUCCCAGAACCAUACUUGCAAUCCAGGCUGCUAUGCUGGGAAGCAGUUCUGAAGAGGAGCUCGAGGAUGAAAACAAAAACCAGCUUGAUCUGGAUACCCUCAGGACUGGUCCUAGUGCAGAUGCAGGCAACAUGUCACCAAGAACACUGAAGGCCAUUCAGCAAGCUUUAUGUGAAGAGGAAGAGGACAUUAGAACAACUUUUACCAAUAGUGCUGGUGAAAGUCAAGCAGGAAGAUCUCAUAUGGAGGAAAUGCUUACCAGUAAUUCAGAUGAGAAGAACCAGGUACCCGAAGAUCAGAGUGGACAAGAAUGCUCAGUUCUUCUUAUAGAGCAACCAAGAAAUAGAAUGAAAAACCAAGAGAGUGAAUUGGAUCAAAAGAAACAGGUAAACGACCAGAGUGUACCUGAAAGCACAUAUAUUCCUUGUGUGGAAAAAGGACCCUCUUCUGAAAUAAAUAAAGAAGAAAUAGAUGUGGGAACAUGGACUUCCAAAACAGAUGUAAGUUCUGUACGAAAUAAGAGCAUGAACAAUGGGAUGCAGCUGCUAGUAAAGACUCCCACACAGACUUUGCCACUUGCUCCAACCCAUUUGAACUUUGAGGGCUUAGCCAAAAAUGGAGAAGAGGAGUCUUUAGGCGAAGUAGAUUGCUGGUCAGGAAAAACUGUCUGCAGUAAGCAGUGUCCAUUUUCGUUGACUCCAGAAACAGCAAGUUUUAAAGAAAGAAAGGAAUGUCGAUCACAAUCUGAAGAGAGCGACUCUGAUGGUAGUUUCAUUGAAGUGGAUGCCGAACGUCAGGAUGAAACAUCUGAAAUGUCAUUUACCUCAGCUGAACAUGAGGAGGAAACAGUGGCCGUAGUUGCAGCUGAAGGGAAUAUGAAGGGAAGGAGUGAAGAUGCCACAGAGAGCCAACUGGAACAUCCUGAUGAAGAUGCGAAACUGGCUAUACAGCAGAAUGCUGAAGCCAAAGGCAAGGAGGAUGCUGGAAUUAAUGAAUGGCAGGAUAUCAGUAUGGAGGAAUUGGAAGAAUUGGACACCAGCCUUUCUGUUGAACAAAACACGCUUCAGGCUCAGAAGCAACAGCAGGAACGUAUUGCUGCCACUGUGACAGGACAGAUGUUCUUAGAAAGUCAAGAACUUCUGCGCCUUUUUGGCAUUCCGUACGUCGAGGCCCCUAUGGAAGCAGAGGCUCAGUGUGCUAUCUUAGACCUCACUGAUCAGACCGCAGGAACAAUCACAGAUGAUAGUGAUAUUUGGCUCUUUGGUGCGCGGCAUGUUUAUAAAAACUUUUUCAGUCAGGACAAAUAUGUGGAAUACUAUCAAUUUGUGGAUUUUCAGAAUCAGCUAGGCUUAGAUCGAAGCAAGUUCAUUAACUUAGCCUAUCUGCUCGGCAGUGAUUACACAGAAGGGAUUCCUAAUGUUGGUUGUGUAACGGCGAUGGAGAUUUUGAAUGAAUUCCCUGGACGAGGAGUGGAGCCUCUCUUAAAACUAACCAAAUGGUGGUCUGAGGCUCAGAAGAGUAAGAAAUCACGACCCAACCCACAUGAUACCAAAGUGAAGAAAAAAUUGCGGCAGUUGCAACUUACACCAGGUUUCCCAAAUCCUGCAGUAGCAGAAGCUUAUCUGCAUCCUGUGGUGGAUGAAUCAAAGGGAUCAUUUGUUUGGGGAAGACCAGAUUUGGAACAGAUCAGAGAAUUUUGCCAAAGUCAUUUUGGAUGGACUAAAACAAAAACAGAUGAAGUCCUUCUGCCUGUCCUCAAACAGCUGAAUGCUCAGCAGACUCAGCUCCGUAUUGACUCGUUCUUCCGACUAGCACAACAAGAUAAGCAAGCCAUCAAGAGUCAAAGGCUUCGCAGGGCUGUGACUUGUAUGAAAAGGAAAGAAAAGGAGGAGGAAGAAAGUGAAGUCUUCGAGGCUACUACAGUCAUGGAACAAGAAUGCAAGCAGAGGAAAGGGAAGGACCCCAGGCAGACCAGAAUAGAGAGCCAAAGGAGCAAGAGGAAAAAACAACUGCCCUCUAAAGAGGAGUGCUGUUUGGGGGGAGGCUUCAUAGGAGAGGUUCAGCUCUCAGAGGCAUCCAGUGAGUCAUCUGUUGAAGAUUUGGAGAAUGAAGCCUUGAAUAAACGUAAAAGAGGGGGAAACACGACGACACUUAAAUGUGAUGAAAGCACCAUGGGGCAUGAAGCCACAGGGGAUGAAGCAGGGAAUAGUAGCUCCAGCGAAGAGGAGAAAAUGCCUGUGGUGACAGCCAGACCUGUAUUUGAGGGCAAAAAGGCAAGAGGCAGAUUUUCAGGAGGAAAAAGAAAGAAAUUCUGUUAGUAACAUAUGUGGACAUUUUUUUAAAAAUGUUUUGUAAAUAGCACAAUGAAAUCUUCACAAGAAAAGGAUUAAUGAUCUGCCCUUCCUACCCCAUUUUUUGUUAUUUAUAUAUAUUGACUCUAUUUAAAUUGGAUGGUUUUUAGCAAUCAUCAACUCAACAUUUUAAGCCUCUUCAAGAGGCUGUCAGAUUUUCCCCUCAAGAAAACCUGCAUUAAAAUAAAUGUUUGCCUCCCUUGA